AUGGCAAGGGAGCCAGCCCAGCCAGCCCAGCCAGCCCAGGGCACAGCACCCAGCACCCAGCAGUCCCCAGUUCAGGGCUCGGGGCUCGUCAACAAGGGGGCGAUUUGCCACUCGCUGAUCGUAACCACACAACGACACAGUGGAGCACCGCGCAUCACCUCGUCCCCAGUCAUACAUCGUCUGGGCCAGGUCGGGCCUCCUGUCUCUCUGUUGCUCGUCCAACUCGACUCACCCCAUUGUCACUGCGUUCCUCGAUCUCGAUCCCCUGUCUCUGUCAUCCACUUCAUUACACUCGCCAUUGCUCCUACCUACUUCGACUCGACUACGGCUUAUCGUCUAUCAGCCUUAUCAACCUCCCGUCACCCCGUCACCCUCGGCCAUUCCCCCAACCCCAACCCCAUCCCCACACCCUCACCACCCAUUGGACUCAUCCUCAACCAUCCUCGCACUCUCCAUAGUGGACCACAAUGCCCUCGCCCAAUGUUCACACUCCGGCGGGGGCCCAACGCACCGGAUUCCCGGUACCCGUCGAGUGAGCCUCCCCCAACGUCCUCAGUUCCCACCAGCACGACUGACGACAGUGACACGCCCGCAUCCCUUCUCUCCCCGCUGCUGACGCUCCCCACGAGUCUGGCGGGGCUGAAGCUCGGCGGCUUCGCGUUCAACGGCUCGCCAUCCAAGGUGGCUGCGCCGGCGGCAACACCGGCACCACCGGUCGGGUCGGACACGUCUGCCGUCUGGCAGCACGUACAGCUCGGCCCAUCCCCGGCCGCCAUCCCCGACGACCCCCACGUCAGCGAGGAGUACCCGCCGCCAGUCGAGAUCGCGUCCAUUCCCAGCAUCACUUACGACGAUGAUGUGAAGCACUCUGCCUUGCCGAGUGUGCGCGGCCGUGCCCCUGGACAGGAGAGCGUCACCUCGGCGCGUCUUCUGGAACGGGCGCACUGGGCCGGGCGCGGUCCCAUCGUCGCCAUGACCUCGCCGAACGGCAAUCAGGCUCUAGUGCUCUUGGACCUCACGAAUGGGAAGGCGUUCCGCCGCCUCGACCUCGGCACGGGUGCGGCGGCCAGGGUGACCUCGUCGGCUCGCGUCAUCAUGCUGCUCACCUCGCACCCCACGCCAUCGGUGUACCUCCUCGACAGCGGACUGAAGGUUCUGCACGUCGUGCAUGACCUUCCCGUAGGUGCUGACGGCAUGCUCCCCGUGGCCAGUGUGUCCGGCCGGCUUGCGGCUUACGCGACCACCGAACCAGCCGCCGUUCCUGGCAGCGACGGAUUGGGAUCUGUAGUCUGCGCCGGGUCAACACGGGCACGCUCGUCGAGUGAUGCUUCGCAGCCUCCUGCUCCGCAGUCUACGCAGGCCGCGCUGUUGAACUCGGCGGUGGAGAUUGGUGGCGGGGUCGCACGUGGGCUGUGGUCCGGUAUCAAGAUGGGAGCGCGGGCGGCUAGCGCGAGCCAUGCGCGGAUGGCAGUUAGUGCGCCUGCGGAGCGCGGACUGGGAGAUGACGACAAUGUCUCCGUCGCGACCUCCGAGAGCCGGUCCAUGGACGACGGUCUCGGUGAGGGCGGCGGCGCCAUGCCCCGCCUGAAGGGAAUAUGGGUCAAGAUCAUUGACCUGAAGCCCGAGCCCGAGCUGAUUGCGCACUUCCGUCUUCCCCCCGUACGAUCCUUGAUCUCGACGGCGUCAGGCCAGCUGCAGCGUGCGCCGACAGUGACGCGGAAGAACCAGCCCGUGACCUUCCUCGAGUUCUCGAGCGAUGGCACGCGGCUGUUUGCCGCGUCUGUUGGCGGCCGCGCCUUCCACGUCUUUGACGUCCGACCGCGUAGCGCGAACGCGAAGCGCAACAAGCGCGCUCCGAAAGGCGAGGUCUGGGAGGCGUACAUCUUACGGCGCGGUAACACGUCUGCCAGCGUAUGCUCCGCCACCUGGUCACCCGACGAUCGAUGGUUAGCGGUCGGAACGGCAAAGGGCACACUGCACGUAUUCCCCAUCUGCCCUGACGGCGGCAAGCCAUCAGCGUCCAGCCAUGUACCGACGAAGAUCCGCAACCCGGCCGAGUUAUCGACUCUGUCUGUCGAGGUUGGCGCGUGCGCUCGUCUCCGUCCGCCGGUCCCCGCUCAGGAGGAGGGUGAAGCGGACAUUCGACCUUACACGCUGACCUCGGCGGCCUUCACUGCGACUCGCGCCAACCCCAUCGGUAAGAGCAGGCUCUGCCAGGACCUCGUCUUAUACCGCCCUGUCUUUGGGCAGCUCGAGCUCGCCCGUCUGGACGUGUUCGCGACCAGCCCGACGACAACUUCGCCCUCGAAAACUGACCACCGUCGCCGUGUCUCGAACCUGACCGAGAUGAUGCGGCUUCGGCCUAGCGGCGACCUCGGUGUCGAGAGCAAGGUCAAGGCGCGCUGGCUUCUGCCCUUAGACCAAGUCCGCCGAGUCCGUGCCCAGCAAGAGCCUGUACCACGCCGAGAUCCGGACCUGCAGUGGCUCGCCGCGCAUCCUCCCAACCUCGAUCUACCUCUCGCGCCAGGUCAACUUCUACGCCGCGGUGCCGACCGACGAGUACACGCCUCUGUCUGUUUUGGACAAGGAGGCGCGCACUCGCCGCCUGAGCUUCCGGCCCGAAGUCGAGCUGCACUCUGGCACGCCCGACUCGCACUCGCUCGACGAGGGGCUGGGCUCGGCGCUGCACUCGGUGAUCGACCGACUGCGACGCCCCUCCCGCACCUGCCGAACGGGUCCCCCCGCAGCUCGCUCUGGAACACGAUUCCGAUCCGGCACGUCGCCUCGAGUGUCGGCGAGGGCGUUGGCCGCGUGCGGCGCGAGUAUGCGCGUGCCUCGCGCCGCGUCAGCGGCACGCUGGGCAGCAGCUGCGACUCGCCCAUGCCGGCUGAGGGCGAGGACGUACCGCCGCCGAUGACGACGGACGGCUCGCUCGAGGACGACUGGGACGACGGGUGGGAGGCAGAGUAUGCGCGUGCAGUGGAGGACGACGGCGGGCCGGACGACCUCGUGCUCGGCUUACUGGACGAGGAGGAGGAGGAGCGGCGGAACCAGCAAAAGACGCAGAAGGAGAAGAAGAAACACCAGCAACAGCAGCAAGUCCUGUGA